AAAAUAAAUAAAUAACUCCAAAUUCUGAAAAUCUCACCGGAAAAAUAUUGAAAAAAAAGGAGAGUGGAUGAUUAGUAAAGAAGGGUGAAAAUCCCAUCAUCAUAAUUCGUAUAAUUCAACAAUUUGGGGGAUUUAAAAAAAAAAAAUUGGAGGAAAGAGUGAUGGCGAAGAGCGGUGUUAUUGAAGGGGAUCCGGCGGCGGCGGCGGUUAAGGCGGCGGAAUUGAAGAAAGAAUUGCUGAAGCUGGUGAAGGCGAUCGUGGACGAGGAAGACGUAAAUCUGGAUGCGGUUGAAAGAGCUUAUCAGAUGCUGGUUGCGUUGAAGGAAAUGAAAUUGAAGAAAACCGUUUCUCUGAAACUCCGUACUGAUCGUGAAUUGGCUUCCGCCGGAACGGUGCCGGAGGAAUUUAAGUGCCCUCUCUCGAUGGAACUCAUGAGGGAUCCCGUCAUUAUUGACAGCGGACAGACAUAUGACAGGCCUUUCAUUCAGAAAUGGUUAAAAUCGGGGAAUCGAACAUGCCCGAAAACUCAACAAGUACUCACACACACCACUCUCGCGCCGAACCACUUGAUUCGCGAAAUGAUAACCAAAUGGUGCAAUAAACACGGCAUCAAAUUACCGGACCCCAUUAACUACACCUACGAGGAGGGCUUUGCGGAAUCCGAUAGGGAACAUUUCCUCUCUCUACUCAACCGAAUGUCUUCGGCGUUAUCCGAACAAAAAGAAGCCGCCAAAGAAUUACGCCGGUUGACUAGAAAAACAGCUUCUGUUCGAGCCCUUUUCGCCGAAACCCCCAAUGCCAUACCUCAAUUGCUGGCCCCACUAAGCAAUGGCACAAUUGGGGCCCACCCGGACCUCCACGAAGAUAUAAUCACAUCCGUUUUGAACAUCGCAAUUCACGACGAUAACAACAAGAAGCUAGUCGCGGAAACGCCAGCGGCGAUUCCACUUUUAAUCGACGCGGUAAAGAAUGGAUCGAUCGAGACGAGGAGCAAUGCGGCCGCGACGAUUUUCACGCUAUCGGCCCUCGACUCGAACAAGGCACUCCUCGGCAAAUCCGGUGCAUUGAAACCCUUGAUCGAGUUAUUGCGCGAGGGGCAUCCUGCGGCAAUGAACGACGCCGCUUCGGCGAUUUUCAAUCUGUGCAUUUUGCACGAGAAUAAGGUGAGAGCCGUUAGAGACGGGGCGGUUGUGGUGAUUCUUGAAAAGAUUAAAAACAGAGCGCGUGUCGAUAUUUUGCUGCCGCCGCUUGCUCUUCUUUCGACCAAUCAGAAGUGUGUCGAAGAAAUGGGAGAUCUCGAAGCAGUUCCUUGUUUGUUUGAAAUAAUAAGAGAGACGACUUGCGAUAGAAACAAGGAGAAUUGUAUAGCUAUGCUGCACGCUAUUUGCUUUAGCGAUAGAAGCAAGUGGAAGGCGAUGAGGGAAGAGGAGAGUAUGCACCGUACCAUAUCUCAGGUCGCUCACAACGGUACUUCGAGAGCUCAGAGAAAAGCUAGAGGAAUUCUCGAGAGACUCAAUAAAUCUGUUAACGUUACCCAUACUGCGUGAUCGAGAGCACACAUUCUGUAAAUUCUUACUCCACUUUGCUUUUCUCAAUCUGCGAAAAAAGAAAAAUUGAGGUAUUAUGUGGUAAAGUUUGAACCUUUCUUGUGAAUAUUCUUUCUAUACGCUUAAGUGGGGUUCCGUUAUCGUAUGCUACGGAUGUAGUUUUUGUGAAUAAUAAUCGAUUGCACAUGGUUUCUUGAGUAUACGUGUUUGUUUACGA